AUGUCGUCGAAGUCGAGCACGGUCGCGUCCCGUUCUCAUGCCACAUGGCGAAUGCGCCUCGGCUCCGCAAUUCGUGCUGCCCUCGCAUGCACCUCGGUCGGCCUCGCCACCCUCUACGGCCCGGAGCUCGUCGCCAAGGAAAUAAAAUUCGUCGCCUUUUCAUACCUAACGGCCGUGCUCAUCGUGUACGACGCCACUUUAGGAGAAGCGUUGCGCGGAUGUUGGCACGCCGUUUGCGCCACCGCGCAAGUGGUCCCAACCGCCGUGCUCCUCCGGUGGGCGGCCGCCGACGCCGGAGCUGGAGUUCCGGCGGGGGCGGCGGCACUGGCGGCCGCCGCCGCCUCGUUGGCGGUGGCGCUGCCGGAGUGCACGCACCUGACAGCCAAGAGGAUAGCGCUCGGGCAAGUUGUGCUUGUGUGCACGGACGCAGUUUUGGUGGGUGGAAGUAGAGGAGGAGUCGAGUGGCGGCCAGCGUACGUUGCCGCCAGCACGGGGCUAGGGGCCGUGGCUUCAGUUGUGGCGUUGUUGGUGCCGUACCCGAGCUUGGCGGGUAACAAGGUAAAGAAACUGUGCCGAUUGUAUGCUGAAAACGCUACACAGAGAAUUGACUUAUACCUGAGAGCUUUCAUCUCCAGAGAUCAUCAUACUAAGCUGGAGCUUAUAUCACAAGCUAAGCCAUUAGCUGAAACAGGUGCCAAGCUACUGCAGAGUAUCAAAAUCUUACAGGAAGGAAUGCAAUGGGAGAGACCUUGGAGCCGAUACCUGAACCCCGAUUCAGUGGGCCCCGCUGAGACGUUACAAACGAUUGAACUCCAAAUGAGAGGGAUGGAAUAUUCCCUGUCACAUUCCCCUGCCUUGCCGGUUCAAACGACCAAUCAAGAACAACUCUCCGACUUCUUACAAGACUUAUCAUCUCAGCUCAAACAGAGAAUCGAGCAGCUCGCCUGUUAUUCUCCUUCCAAAGUCACAGAAAAGCCUUUGGUAUCAUCACUUCAGUCGAUACUCCCCAUGCUCGACCAUGAAUCUUCACUUUUCUACUUUUCCUGCAUAGACGUGUUACUAAAAAACCCCACGAAUCAAUUCAUGACUCAGAGAAAACCACAUAAUCCGAGCCCCAAAACAGAAUUCACGGUUCUUCAAAAGUUCAAAACUUGGACCCUAAAUCUCCCCAGAAAAGGGCGGCUUGAGUCUGCCCUCAAGUGCUCGCUCUCUCUAGGCCUGGCCCUUCUAUUCGGCUUGGUUUUCGACCGAGAAAACGGAUGCUGGGCGGGCCUCACCAUUGCCAUCAGCUUUGUUACGGGCCGGCAGCCCGUAUUCACGAUGGCAAAUGCCCGAGCACAGGGAACAGCCAUUGGAUCCGUUUAUGGCGUAAUAUGCUGCUUUCUCUUUCAUCACGAGGAGUUUCGGCUGUUGGCCCUCCUCCCAUGGAUAGUCCUCACAAGCUUCAUGAAGCACAACCGAAUGUAUGGGCCGACAGGUGGGAUCUCAGCCGCCAUAGGAGCGCUGCUGAUAUUGGGCCGAAAGCAUUAUGGGUCCCCGCAUGAAUUCGCAAUCGCCAGGCUUACGGAGGUCUUCAUCGGCCUGUCGGCUCUUGUUGCGGUGGAGCUUCUGGUGCAGCCGGCCAGAGCAGCCACCCUGGCUAAGAAUCGACUGUUCCAAUCACUCUCUGCCCUUCAUGACUGCAUAAAAGAAACAGGGAUUUGCAGCCGGUUAGAUUCGAAAUUUAUUGAAUUAGGUGAAAAAACUAGGGGUUUUGAUUCUCAAGUACAGGAACUGAAGAAGAUUGUCGAGGAAGCGGAUUUGGAGCCCGAUUUCUGGUAUUUGCCUUUUCGGACUUCUUGCUACCGGAGGAUUGUUGGGUCCUUGGAUAAUAUAAGGGAUAUGUUGUACUUCAUUGCACGCAAUUUCGAAAUCCUUUCAGAGUUUUGUGAAAAUUGUGGAGCUGCGUGCAAGGACUUGCACGAGUGGGUUAAUAAUGAGUUGGAACUAUUCCAAGAAGCUUUAAGAUGCUCGCAGGUUUAUCUAGAGACGAGCAAUAUGACCGAGUUCCGGGCAAAUUCUAAAGAGGGCUCGGAUGAGAACUUUAGAGACCUUGAGGCUGGGAAAGAGACACACGAGUCGAGUGUUUUGUCGAGCAAACUUGAAGUUGCAAAGCGAAAUAAAGAGGAGGCGGGAAAUGAAGUUAACGAAAAACUGAAGGGGCAGAUUAUUCAAUGUCAUGGCGCAACCGGGUUUUGCAUAAGUUCUUUGAUGAAAGAGAUAAAUGAUAUUAAGAUAUGCAUAAGGGAAAUCAAUCAAUGGGAGGGCCAUCCAAUGAAGUAA